AUGUCUGGCGAUGAAGAAGGAGCAUCAAAUAAUGAAUUACUUUUAGUUGCAGCUAAACAAGAUUCUGAAGAGAUUUUGGAUGAGAUAUUUUCUGAACCUAGUACAUACGAUAUUAAUUAUAGUGAUGGUAUAGGAAACACGGCACUUCAUUAUGCUGCAAAGUUUGGCUCAUUAAGUGUCAUAGAAAAACUUUUAACCCAACCAGGAAUUAAAAUUGAUCAAAAGAAUCGAUUAGAGGGAAAUACACCUUUACAUCAAGCUGUAGAAUAUAAAGAUGAUCCUUCAGUAUCAUAUGAAAUUGUGAAAUUAUUAAUUGAUCACGGUGCUGAUCCAAGGAUUUUGAAUAAAAAUAAACAAACUCCUAAACAAUUAGUUGACCUUGAUAAUCAAGAAUUAAAAAAUCUGCUUCAACAAGCUACUUUGGCUUUACAAAUGCAAGUGAUGCAAGUGACUAAUAAAUAA